UUGAUGUAUGAAAACGCUGUUAUACUCUUGUAAACUCCUCUAACGUGUAAGAUGUGUUGGUAAUUGCCUGGAAUUUGGUGUUUAUACUUGGUUGUGUGUUAUAUGGGGGUCUGAGGUGGUCUUGUCCUCUUGUUGUAGUUGAGCGCGUGUGAAUGAGAGGCGGGCUCGAGUUUAUGUACUGAUCCGGCGCGCGCGUGCGAGUUCGUGGCCCAAGUGUAGACAGAGAGACAGAGCAGCUCUCUCAGAGCACAGAGCAGCGGGGAAAAGCGGCUCGGAGUCUCUUCUCAGCAGUUCCAGCAGUGCCGAGACAGUGACAGUGUGUGUUUAUGGACUUAUGUGCGAUAUUAAACCGCGCGCGCUCCUGGUCGGACGGUUUUGUAAGGCAGUGUGUGAAACACGCCGAAGAGCUCGGAAAGUUUGCGCUGUGUGAGACUUCAAGCUGUUUCACAGAGAAAACCGACCGGAAACUGGACACUUAUUUGUUCUUUGGAUGGGGAAACACGCGUGAUUUUGUUUAUUUAUGUAUUUCAUAUUUCAUCAGGAAUUUGUACUUGAAGAAGUGAUUCAUUGAAUGAGCAAGAUUAAGCAUGGCUCUAAAUUCAGUAUUACAACACCGCUGAGGAGGAGGAGGAGGAGGGGAGUCGGGUCGGAGACGAGUAGCCUACAAAAUCUGAAGCUGAUUGUUUCUUUGAAUAAUGCCGAUAGAGAAACUGGACAUGGAGGAGAAACUGCGAAUUUUAGAGGACCUGAACAUGCUGUACAUCCGUCAGAUUGCCUUCAGUUUACAGGACAGUGACAUCCAGAAGAAGAUUGACCACGAGAUCCGGAUGCGAGAGGGAGCAUGUAAGCUCCUGGCCGCUUGUUCGCAGAGGGAUCAGGCGCUGGAGGCCUCGAAGAGUCUGCUCACCUGUAACGCUCGCAUCAUGGCGUACAUGUCAGAGCUGCAACGCAUGAAGGAGGCGCAGGUCAUGCAGCGGGUGGCUCGGAGGUCAUCAGAUGCAGGACCAAUGGAUGACCGAUCUCCAUGUAAAGGCAAAGUUGCCAUUUCAGAUCUUCGAAUUCCUUUGAUGUGGAAAGACACUGAAUACUUUAAAAACAAAGGAGAGCUACACCGCUGUGCUGUGUUCUGUCUGCUGCAUUUAGGAGGGGAGAUCUUUGACACAGACAUGGUGAUGGUGGACAGAACCCUCACGGACAUUUGCUUUGACAACACCAUAGUCUUUAAUGAAGCGAGCCCAGGUUUUGAGCUGAGGUUAGAGCUGUACAGCUGCUGUACAGAGGACGAUUACUCAGCGGGCAGCACUCCACGCAAGCUGGCCAGCAAGCUGAGCUCAUCUCUGGGCCGCUCAUCUGGGAAGAAGAUGCGUGCAGUGCUGGAGCCUGGAGCCUGCAGCCCCAUCAGCAACGGGAGCAAUGCACAACUGCUGCUGCCUGUACCACCUGUGCCAGGACCCAAGUACCAUGUCCUGGCUCACACCACUCUCACACUCUCCCACGUUCAGGACAGCUUCCGCACACACGACCUCACCAUAACUGGCAACGAAGAGUGUUCAUACUGGUUGCCGCUGUAUGGCAGUGCGUGUUGUCGUCUGGCUGCACAGCCCCACUGUAUGACACAGCAGAUGAUCAGUGGCUGCCUCAGGGUCAAGCUCGGUGGGGAUCCUCAAGGAUGGACAAACGUUUAUGGUGUCCUAAAAGGGACAAGCCUCUUCUGUUACCACCGACAGGAAGACAUGGAGGCUAACGUGGAGCCAUUAUUAACGAUCAGCAUUAACAAAGAGACGAGAAUACGAGCAGCAGAAAGAGACCCCCAAAGCAAAGCUCAGAGUAUCUGCAUCAGUAACCAGUAUGGAGGAGAGGAUGUCACACACACGCUAGUGACGGACAGUCGAGAGGACACACAGCGCUGGAUGGAGGCCUUCUGGCAGCAGUUCUUUGACAUGAGCCAGUGGAAGCAGUGCUGUGACGAGCUGAUGAAGAUUGACCUGCCUUCACCACGCAGACCGGCUCUGGUUACGGCCAAACAGGGCUCACUCUACCAUGAGAUGGUUAUUGACACAUCUGAUGACAUCAGUGCUGUCACAGACAUCCUGACGAGGCGUAUCGAGGAGUUUGAGUUUCAGACCCCACCUCACUGGAUGUCCUUAUUUAAGGAAGAGCCUCCUGGUAGCCCCCAAAACCUCCGGCACCACUCUCCUGGCCCUCGCUGUCACCGCCCUCAUGCUCUGCUCUCCUCCGAGGCCAGCCUCGCCUCAGACAGCUCCAGCCCCUGCAGCUCUAGCCCCUGCUCACCUAGCCACUACCUCGCCUCCAACCGUUUCCGCCCUCGUACACUUUCUCUGGAUGCCAAGCUGUCCACGCUACGAGGGAGAAACUACGGGGGCCUCCACUGUUCGUGCCAACCUCCUUCAUCCAGCUCGCUCCAUCAGCAGGCUCCACCUCUCUCCUGCUCCAGCUCCACUUCCAGUAACAGCUCGAGUGAAGGGAGCAACAGCCCAGAAUCGGAUCUGGCCUUCUCGCGACCUUCUGGAGCACGCCGCAGCCUGAGGAACCUCCGAGCAAAGCUGGACCCCAGAAACUGGCUACAGAGUCACGUUUAGUUCCCUUGAGUUCCUUCCUGAGGAAAGAAUUUCUCACAAAAUGACCUCUUUAUAAAAGGAUCCCAACCAUUCAGUCCUUAAGUAAGCCCUUGAAAGACCUGGAAUGUCCAUGACAAGGAUAACUGUCCUCAGUGUGGCUCAGACUCUCACUUCAGACAUGGUGAUGGACAAAGACUAUAAUUAAUGGGAGAUUUCCUGUAAAUGGCUUCAGCACCAUGGCGAUAGAUAAUAAUUUAUACAUAGUUCACUAUCAGUAUAUGCAGUUUAUGUAAUACAGAAAUCCUGCGAUUCUCAACCUCAAACUGGAGUUCCAACAGAACAGGCAAUACCAAGAGUCAGAGCGCUUCUCCAAUCUCUUUCAAACUGUACUAAUGAUCUGCAGUCAGUUGAAGCAGUUUAAAUAUAAAUCCAGUUAUAACAUAGUGCUAACUUAACAGCCACUAUGUUCAAAUUUACAAGCUACUGAAAAAAAAAGACCUAUGGGGAAAAAAAAUAAUAGCUCAAAAUGUACAGCUACCAUUUUAUAGGUGCAGCGCCAUAUAAAAUCU